AUGUCUUCCCAAGACCACUUCCAUGGGAUCACCAACACCCAAAAGAUCAAGAAGAUGAACCGCAAGCAGCUUCGCAGCCUGAUCAAGGGCGACCUGAGCGUCGUCGGGAAGAAGGCCGCCGCUCGCGGCGAGGCCAUCGACCGGGAGAAGCGCAUCGCGGACAAGAAGAAGAGCAAGUGA